AUUCCAAGCACUUAGCUCAAGAUGUUUUUACAUUAGCAAGAAAAAUUGCACAAGUGGAGCGGUUGAAAAAAUUAUAUUCACCAAUUUCUUCCUAUACUGGCGGCAAAAAACCUGAUAAAGAUCGAAUGCGGUAUUUGAGAUCUUCAACCAGAUUUGAUGUUACAUUCAGUUUAAUUGUACCAGAGCCUCACAUUGUGGACAUUAAUUGGGAUAUUGCUAAAGCUAUUAAUGCAUAUGUAAAGCCUUUUCUUGAAGAAUUAGAUCUUGUUUCUUCUGUAACUAUAAAAAGUCAGAUCUUGUACAUGACUUCUUUACCUAUACCUACCCAGAUGUCUAGUGAUGAAAGGGGGGAAUUUGUUCUUAACUUGGAACACCUUCCUUCGCUUAUAAACCCAGUUGAAGCAAGGCUUGGUUCAGAUAUUUCAGUGGAUCCCAAUCUCAACUUUGUUGUGUAUAUUCCAACUAAAGAACAGACACCUUUGCGGAUUUAUGAUUCUAAAGGGCAGCCUGUCUCUUCAAAUGCCUUUCUGUUGCCUCAAUGGGGUGGUUUUCUGAUGUUCAAUUGUCCUAUGCCAGAAAAUUCAUCUUUACCACAUACUGUAAAUCUUGAUGUGCAUGCAGUGAUGGAAGUUUUUCUUAGUCAAUUUCGGUUGUUGUUAGGUUUACUAGAAAUGGAUUCUCUCAGUGAUGAAAAUUGUCAAGUCAUGCCAAGUUCAAGUAUUCAUAAAUGGGAAGUGGAUUUUCUGCUACGCAAGAAUUCUCAGGAAUAUUUAUCAAGUGCCAUCUCUUCUCUGUCGUCUCUUAGCCAGCUGCUGAAAACUAUUGGAAACAUUGUUAUCAGAGAUGAAGUGGGACAAAAAGUAAAUUUUUCUUUU